AUGCUCAAAAUAAUUCAAGAUGAAAUCCUUAUCAAGCAUGCCUGGAUCAAACAGAAUUAUGAAGAAAGCUGGCCUAUUCCAGCACUAAUCAAGACAGCAAUAGAGAAUUGUAAAACAGUUCUUCGACAAAAGGCCAAACAAAAAGGUGAAAAUGUUAAAUGGAUCCCAGGACUACAGCGCAUAGCUCAUCAUGUCUCCCAGAAUAAUACUGCCAUAGAUAAUGUCGCCAUCAAGAGUGACACUGAACUGGGCAACUGCGGAAAUGACCCCACCAAAUCAGACGAAGAAUCAGAUGACAGCUGCACUAAAUUUGAUGGGGGCCACACUGAAUCAGAUGAUGACCAAAUUGAAUCAGAUGAUUACCAUGCUAAGGGUGUGGGAAACCAAGGGAUUACUGGAAAAGUCAAACCAAAUAGGGAUGACAAGGAUAGGGUCAUCCAUGACCAGUCUGAUGAGACAUCGCACCCAAGACAACCAUCAGCCAAGAAAUGCAAAAUUCCAUCAAGAAUCCGCUUGCAUCUCCCUUCAAAGAACAAAUACAUUGAUGAUGCUCUCAUGGAUGAAGACAUCGAUCCUCUUUGUCAUAUCCAUCCACAGCCAUUGCCUUCACUACCUCUGGUCCCUCUGGACUACCUCUGCUCCUUCUUCACUAACCUCGGAGCUCCUGUAUUCCACAAUCACCUCCACUUCCCUCGAUGGUCACCACCCCUCUUUUCAAUAUAUUACCUAUGCCUCCCUAAGUACAGAGCCCUGAAGGCUUCCAGACAGCUCUGA